AUGGACACAGGCGACAAAGAAUGGGCAACGAAAUACCUCCUCGACCCGUUGAAUGCGCCCGAGCCCUCCCAAGAAGAUGGUCCUGGAAACAGUUUCCGAGCCGGCGCCACCCUUCCACCCGUUAAGGCUCCUACAAAAUCACAGCUAGGAAGACGCUUGUCCAAGACAAACCCGUAUAGUAAGAGCUCUGAGGUGAAGCGGUCCGCGUCUCUGAACAGCGGCACCAAGGGGUCCCUUGUGACCAAUUCCGGCAAGGGGCCAUAUCCACCACAGUCCUACCCUUCGCCUCCCCACUCAGGAAGGUCUCCUACCAGCACGGGAGGCGGCUCGGGCAAGAACUCCCCAACCGUAACACAAACUCCGCUGAGCCCACAAUCGCCACGCUCCCCAUCCCAAACCCACAGACAGGAAGCGUUCGGAACCAGUGACAAUGCGUCGACCCCGACCGGCCGUCGCCGCCGGGGCUCAUCCCUCGGCGAGCGCUACCCGGGCGACAUGUCGCACCGGCCACUAGACGCCCUGGUUAAGGAGAAACACGUGGCCGACCGGGCCCGACACGCCACGCGCAAGCACCGCAUCCAGCCGGACACAAUCGACAACCUCGACCUCACGGGCGGAGGAGGCGCAUACCACCACGGCGGGCCCUACGACGCCACGCUGUUCGCGCGCAACAAUUCAAAGGACUCGCCCCUCGCUGCGCUCAAGGACUCCAACGCCGAAGCCCUCAAAGCCACGCCCAAGGAGAAAAUCAUCGACUCGGUGCGCGGCCACAGGCCUCUCGACGGCGUGGCUACCUUUGCGCCCGGUAACGCUGACCGCAAUGGCACCGUCUACAACUACGAGGAGGGCGAUAACAUGAUGAUCGAGGGCGGGCCCGAGGGCGGCGCCUACAAGCGCUGGCCCGGGGUGCAAUACCAGCCGGAUGAUAUCAAGGGCAAGGGCGAGCCGAGUUACAGCUUGGAGAAAGCCCUUAAGGAGCAUAAGAUCUCGGCCCAGGACGGCGGCAGCAAGGCAACGAACGGCACGGACGGCAUCGAGAUGAAGACGCGCCAUCGCAGUUCCAGCGCUGUGAUGCCCGAGACGGUCGACCGCUCGGGCUGGGAUGAUGGCGAUACGGGCAUGGGGACGGGACUGGGCCGGAGCGGAAGUCUCAGCAAGAGACUCAGUGGCGGACUGAAGAAGAGGUUCGGAAGCAUCAAAAGGAGCCACCGUCAUGACGAGUGA